AAAGUUCCAGAGCUCCAAAGCAGAGUAGAAAUUGGAAAAUAUUUUCCCAAUUGAAAAUAUCAGCAGACCGCAAGUGCAGCGCAAAACAGUCGACGUUUAGCUUUCGUGAAGAAAGAUUCAAUUUAAUUUUCGAGCGGGCGUAAAAAUACGGGUACUAAGAUUCAAUUUUACGAGAAAAUAAUUAACUUUUCUAAAAACACGUCGCAGAUUAUACAUUGGGACUGAAAAACAAAAGCAGAAGUUUUCAAAAUGGCCAAUGCACCGGGCAGUAAACUGCAUCUAGAAUCUCUGGACAGAAUCGUUAGCAUUCCAUUGGUCGAGACCAGUUUCAAACGCAUCGAAAAUAUCUACGGUAAAGUCAAACAAAAUAAUCGACUUUUUAAUUGGUAUUUUGAAACUGCCGAGAUGACCAUCAGUGCCGCCUACGAAUCAGUACAGCCUGCAGUCAAACUUUUCGAAGCGCCUCUAAAGCAUCUGGAUGGCGUUAUGUGCAAAAGUUUAGACUUGUUGGAGCAGCGUAUACCAUUGGUCUAUCUGCCACCCGAAAUGAUGUAUUGGAACACAAAGGAGUACAUGUCCGAUCAUUUGGUGCGACCGGUGCUCAAGCGUGCCGACUCUGUUAAACAUAUCGGUAACACCGUCUUGGAAAGUCAACUGACCGCUUAUGCCGCACAAAGACUGGAUGAAGCCUUUACAGUGGGCGACAAAUUCGUGGAUAAAUAUUUGACACCCAUACCAGGCGAUCAAACGGACGCUCCCAUUGAUGAUGAUAACAUUUCUGGUGCAGAGAAUGAGCAGGGCGCCAUAAAGGCAAUUCAUCACGGUCGGCGAUUCUCGCGCAAGCUUAAACGACGCUUAACCCAGCGCACCCUGGCCGAGGCGCGAGCUUUGAAAAAGCAAAGUAGAGAGGCCAUUAACAUACUCAUCUAUGCGGCAGAGUUGGUUAGUAUAAUUACCAAUUGCAAAUCAAAUUUACUUGAGUAUGUUUCCAUAUGUAUGUAUUCAAAACGUAAAGAUUAUCACAAACUGUGACCCGUUAAUUGGUCC